GUUCCUCCUACCAGUACAGUAGUUUCGCUAGCCAUUGGCGCUAUUCUAAGAAGAGUCACAGUGUCUAAUAGAGACCGGGUUGUUGAAGGUGACCGACCGUAAUGGACCGGGAGAGGCAUACACAGAGACCCUAAUACGAAUGAGGGUGCAGAACGGUACCAUAUCAGAUCCAGGCUCUGAAUAAUAAUUACAAUAGAAGCCCUGGCAUCAGUGCCGAAUGCGGAGAAAGGAUUAUGCGCUAGUGCGCAAUUCCAAGCGUUAGGGGCAAAGAUAGAAUCUGGAAAUGUUCUCACGAUGCAAACUCUGCUAGGAUAUUUUUUCCGGGCUCACGACGGUUGAGGCAUACGGUGCUCAUCCACCACCCUCCUGGUCAGCUUUAGUUUAAAAGAGUAUCAUACCUGCCUAACGCUGUUCCAAAUUAGCUACUACGGGGUCGAUGAUUCGCUAGACGUACAGUACCCCAAUCCCCACUGUUUCUGGGGUCUUUCCCCCAACUCUUUGCUCAGCCAUGACACCCCUCCCCCUGGCACGAUAUACCGGUGCUUCUAAAAUACUAGGGAGAACGUGCAAGUAGUGAGGUGGCUAAGAGUGUGAUAUCGCCUGCCCAAGACCUCCGGACGGUCUGAUCCGCUUAUAUCCUCUUUUAUUAUCUUUUUUCCUUUAUGAUAAGGAUAGAGAAUGGGCGGGAGCCGGGGUUCGAUGGGGAAGAUGGCCCUUGGGGAUUUACAAGACUUCACGGGACAGCAUUUCUCAGGAUCCUGGAGAUGGUUGCUACUUUAUCGGGGAUAAACGGAUGCGACGUCGAUACGGCGGAUACUGUGGGUAGCACGGCACUCUCCUUGGCAGCUGGAAGAGGGACGACCAAGGCAUGAAGAUACUACUGCGGAAGGAGAAAACCCAAUCCCAAUACAGUAGAUGCCUGAUAUGGCCUAACAGAACUCUUGUGUGCCCCUAAGCACGAGUGUGAGGUUGGUUAUGUUGGGUGUCAAUCUUAAUACGAGUGUGGUCGAACAUCAUUUGGGUGAGCUGGCCGCUACGGAAUGGAGGGAAUAGGCAAGUCGCUUCUUGAGCGGGGAGAUGUCAAUCCAAAUAUGCCCGACACUAGAUGGUAUAGGACUAGAUUCACCGGCCGCUCUGGAGGUCAUCGAAGAAAUAGUGGAGGCUAUUGGAGCGAGAGGAUGCUACUCCCGACACAGCGGAAAAUGAGGACUAUCGCCAUUUUUGUAGGCUGCUGGGGGCGGCCGUGGGUGUAGUAAUUAUGAUUUUGGAAUGACAGGGUGCCAAUCUCCACGCGGGGGGGGCCCUGGCUAUGGCCGAAUACUAUUUUGUUGGCCGCUCAGAGGGGCAUGAGGGAGAAGUAGGGAUGUUUUUGGGACUGUAGAAUGUCGAUUCUAACACGACGGAGACUGAAUAUUGUCCAACACCUCUCUCGUUGGCUGCCCGGCGCGGGCUAUGGGGGAGUAAUAAAAAUUCUGUUGAAACGAGAUGACACCAAGCCCCACAGAAGAUAUGACACCAGAUAUAGCCAAACACCACUCUGAUAGGUGGUGGGGGGCUAGAGCGAGGAAAUAGCGAAGCUAUUUUUGCAACAGGAGCACACCAAUCCGACACACCAGACCUCAGCAGCCAAACAGGGCUUUCAUUAACCUCCGCUGGGGCAUACGGGAAUCAAGAAGAUGCCCCCGGGAAGUAAAAACACCCUUUCCGUCCCGGCGGAUAUCGGAGAUACCGUGCCCUGGGUGUCCCUCAACUAAGCCAUCAGACCUACCCCAACUUCCUAUUCCGCUUAUCCGUUGGUUUCCCCUUCCCCACCGCAGCCCUGCCCCCUUUCUCCCUCGAUUGCCAUUCCCCCGCGUAUCGUAACCACCUCUUUGAUUUUUCUUUUCUAUCAUCUCCUUUGCAUCAACCUCUCCCUGUCAAAGGUUUUUAUCCCGCUUCAUACUUAGGAUGUACGGAGUGGGUGGGGAGAUGGCCCCUCCGGAACUAGGUUUAAAGGCGAACUCAUGCGGGACUCGAAUCACCGUAGGCCCUUUUUCUUUUCUUUGUUUGGGGGAGGACGGCACGUGAUUUACGUCGCAUAAUUCAUUGUUUUUCUAUUUUGAUAUUCUCCCUCUAUCAAUUGUUCCUCGUCUCCAAUAGAUCCCCCUUCCCUAUGUUCCCUAGCAAUCAGCAACUCAAGGUUUAUACACGAAUGUUGAUUCACGAUAUGAGCCAACACCUCCAUAGAAAAUCGGGUGCCUCGCACACUACCGGUAGUCAUGCAAACCUGUCAUACCAUAUCUAAGCCUGCGAAGACCGAGCCUCUGUUUCUCCGACGCAAUGUACUGUAGUGCGUCGUGCUCGGGAAGCAUGAGAUGCGGCCACACAAGUGCAGCAAGCCCGGACCACCACGUCGAAUUUACAACCCCCCCCCCCGCAUUUCCUCCCCCCGGACCAACUCAUCCGGCGGAGCCAACCUCAAUUCUACCUGAGCAGCUCAACCCUCACCACAACCGCCCGCAAUUCCUCCUUCCCCCUCGAAACGGGCAGUUUACAGGACGGCUCACUGACCGCUUGAGCUCCUGUGCUUAAUCGUAAGGCUAUCUUGUUGACUUGACCCCUGCACUUUCCCACUAUUCCUUAACGGCAUGAAGGAUAUGUUCCGGUUCAAGGGUGGAAAAGUACCUCACCCGCGGGUUGUUGGUUUGGUGGGUUAUUGAACUCGUUUGUCGGAGGGGGUUGGGGCUAGGUCGGAAGGAGUGAUUGCGCUGUCAGAGAAGCGGUGGGGGAGGAGCAUACAUGUAGGCUGCGCAUCUAGCGAGUUAAUGCGGGGAUUUUAGUGCUUGCUAGCUUGUCCUGGGGUGGACGUAGGAGGAGCUGUGAGUUGUGAAGGGGGGGGUAUCGUAGGUUAGAAUAGCGGACAGAUGAGGCUUAGGAAUGACCGAUUCGCAACGUGGUGUUUUGUGUAGCAUACGGAGAGCAAGUUGGUUCCCAAGUGAAUGACGCAAUAGGUUUCAUGGCUUCUACCUUAUUUUUAAAUACUCUUUGGGUCCGGGGGAUUUUUUCGGGAAUCCCUUUCGUGUCGCACAGUGUUCGCAACGGGCCAGACCGGACUGGGAGGACUGGAGGGCGUCCGCACUAGGCCAGGCCGUCCAGAUGUGAGGCCAUGGACUAGGCAGUCUCAUCAAGGAGAAUGGCCGGACUGGCCGGACUGGACUGGCCUGAGAAUGGCCUACUGCAAAUUGUAGGGGGUUGAUAACAGGAUAUUGUGAGUAUGGUAUUUCAAAAAGGUUCACUUAUUGGCUAUUCAACCCUCAUGUAUUUUUUUUUUUUUUUUAUAGGAAAACUGAGUUGAAUGAAGCCGAAUUCA